AUGGACCAAUGCAGCCAUUUCAUCAUCACCGGCUCCUCGGGGCGGUGCGGGCCAGCGAAUGUCAUCCUGCCGAUAAAGGACCGACCAAAACUCGGCAAAACAACCCCUUCUUCUAAAAAUAUUGCAGGCAGCUCUCCAUAGUUUCUCUUUACCCUGCGCAUAUACUUAAUCCUUACCCAAGGGAAAAAAUAUACACCAGUAAGGUUGGAAGUCGAAUUUGUCUGUUCGUAUCUUGUUUGGGGCCGCCACCGUCCAAAACAGCGGCUCUGGAUUUUGUUACAGCAUGAAUCGUGCACUUGGGUGACUCUCAUCUACUGAUACCGACAGGAAUUUACUUAUGGUUAUACAUAGUUCGGCCCUUGUUACCGAUGCUGUCAAUCGUAUGCCCUGUGCGCGAGGACAGCGACUUGUACUUAAACCAGUUUAUGGCAGAUUUGCGCAAGGUCUGCCGUAAACUCCCCUUCCUCACCCACCUUGCUCUGGUGAUAAGACAGCUUUGAAAAAACCGGAAGUGGGCUUCGAUUCCAGGUUGUAAUGGGUGCUGAACGUCAUGGCUUGAAAGGUUGCCAAGUGACGGUACAACUCCGACCUCGCGGUCGGCCCUGUGUGUGUGUGUCGUCGGAGAUGGCGGAGGGGCGGUUGAGGACGCCUCGGAAAUGCUCGGCCCAUCGCUGUAGAAUUUGUGACUUCUCAGUGAGGACGCCAUCGCCCGUUUGCCGCAAGUGGAGGCCAACGCGGACCUCGACCUCCCGCCAUCUCUCCAGGAAACCACCAGGGUCGUGCAGCAGCUCUCCAGCGGGAAAGCACCCGGAUCGGACGCAAUCCCUGCUGAGGUCUACAAGCACGGAGGUCCCCAACUCAUGGACCACCUGGCUGCGCUCUUCCAGGAGAUGUGGCGUCAAGUGAAGUCCCGCAAGAUUUCAAAGACGCAACCAUCGUGCAUCUCUACAAGCGAAAAGGGAACCGUCAAGUCUACGCCAUUCGCCGUGGCAUCUCCUUGCUGAACAUCGCCGGGAAGAUCUUCGCUCGCAUCCUCCACAACCUUCUACCGGAAAGCCAAUGCGGUUUCCGUCGUCGUCGUGGGACCACGGAUAUGAUCUUCGUCGCCCGUCAACUUCAGGAGAAGUGCCAGGAGAUGCGGACCCACCUGUACUCUACAUUCGUGGACCUGACGAAAGCCCUCGACACGGUGAAUCGUGAAGGACUGUGGAAGAUCAUGCAGAAAGUUGGCUGGCCGGAGCGAUUCACUCAGAUGGUGCGUCAGCUGCACGACGGUAUGAUGGCGCAGGUCAAGGACAACGGAUCUGUCUCAGAGGUAUUCGCAGUGACCAACGGAGUGAAGCAGGGAUGCGUGCUGGCGCCCACCCUCUUCAGUCUUAUGUUCUCUACCAUGCCGAUGGACGCCUAA